AAUCUCUCUUUUGGGGAUAUCACAUUUAUUCCUGGUUUACUAUAAAAAUGUGAUAUCAUUUGGAACACUUUACAAGACGGAACCAGAAAAUAACUAUCUUUAAACAGUUAAAACAUUUUGCGACUGUCAGGUGUCAUUUACGACAUGGCUGCAUUGAUCAAGAAAAUCAUCAGCACAGCUAAAGCUCCUGCCACCAUCGGUCCAUACAGCCAGGCGGUGCUGGUCGACCGGACCAUGUUCAUAUCAGGACAGCUGGGCAUGGAUCCAGUCACCACACAGCUGGUGGAAGGAGGCGUUCAGGAACAAACCAGACAGGCUCUUGUUAACCUGGGUGAAAUCCUUAAAGCUGCUGGUGGUGGUUAUGAAAACGUGGUCAAAACCACGGUGCUCCUCGCCAACAUGAACGACUUCACCAGCGUGAACGACGUUUACAAGCAGUUUUUCAGCUCCAACUUUCCAGCCAGAGCUGCUUAUCAAGUUGCUGCUUUGCCCAAAGCCGGACUGGUUGAGAUUGAAGCCAUCGCGGUUUUGGGCCCUUUGACCAACGCUUGACUUAAGCGGGAUGGAGGUUUUGGACGGGUCACCCGGCAGAUGAGCAGCCGGCGAGCCGGGAGCGCUUUCACCCCUCAUUAACAUUGAUGACAUGUUUGAAGACGGCGCCGCAUGUUCACGUUCAGCCACUCACGUUUCGCUCACAUGAGCUGCUAAGUAUCCGAGUUGUUUGUUGGCUUGAAUUACACCAUUGAACCUCCAGCAUUCUCUGUUUUAUAUUUGGUCUUCAGCAUGUAAACAUCAGCGAUGAUGCUAGCGUGUUUUCUUCUCACGGUCACACAUUUGAAUCAGUAAAAACCUGCUGGCUGAAGGAGGGA